AGCCUCAAUCCAAUUUCGUUGGGAACCGCACAGCAGCGAACUGAAAAGUAAAUCAAAGAACCCAAUAAUAGGUUCGGUUUGCAAAUAUAUAUAACUUCUUAUUCACACGUACAUACAUGUGCUACGCUGUUUGACUUUUCUUGCUUCGUGACUUCUCUGACGCACAUACGACUUCUAUUAGUACUUUCACAAAACACAGUUUUUGCUACUUUUCAAAGCCCCCUUUCUUCUUCUUUCAGCAGCGAGACUCUUUCACGUUCACGACACAAACUGCCUUUUUUCCUUGUUGUCAUCUUUCUCUCCUCCUCAAUUCCACUUCAAAAACGUCAACAACGACAACAACAACAAAAGCAAAACAAAGCGUGAAUUAAGACGGUGAAUUCGCGCAUCGCGGUAAAGAGGGUUUUCGAUCGUGAAGAGGAGAAUAACAAUAAUAGAAACAAAAGGUUUCCGUUCCUUAUAAACCCUCCGUUCUUUUUUUUUUCUUUUUUCCAAUCCUCGUUCGUUAACGAGGGGGUUUGCUUCUCUUCCUUGUUUUCCUUCCAAAAGAGUGAAAUACUGGCUUUACAGGCUGAAAGCAAUUCCUCUGUCUGUUUUGUUCUCGCGUUCUUUUUUUUUCCGGAUUUCUCUUCUCGGUUAACCUUUUUAUUUCUGUUUCCGUGAGAGUGUCUUGUCGAAGGCGACCCACCACCUUUCCCUCUGAUUUUUUUUUCUGUUGUUGUUGUUUGCUUCCACUGUCCCCGUCGCGUAUCUUCGUGGCACACAAUCGCACAACGGAAGCAUCCGUAGCUAACAAGACGCUUAUCUUUCGUCAGGAUUGGCGCCGCUGCUUCGUACAGCAGUUCUCUCCUUUGGUUGUUGUUUUUGUUGUUGUUUUUUUGUUACUACGCUAUUAUUACGUGUAUUUUUUUUUGUUGUUGUUGCGUUGGCGGCAUCUUUCCUUUCGCUCUUACGUUUGUUUGUUUUUCCUGCCCAUUUACUACGCUAAAAAAGGAAAGGAAAAUCCCUUUUCGCUCAUCAACUAAGCCACUCCGGAAGGCUGAUUUCCCCUGCCUCUUAAAAGGAAAGAAAUAAUAAUAAUACGCCAAGUAGUUUUCCCUCCUUUUUUUCUCUUAGAAAUAAUUAGUGUCGUAGUUGACAUCAUGUCAGACGCACCCUUCGAAACCGCCAACAGCGGGAACGACGAGCUGGAGAGGCCCAAGACGGAUGUCCUCGAAACCGGUGGUGGCUCCUCGUCCGGUCACCAAUCAAAGAAGAUGGGUGCGAUUCGAAACUUCUUCAAGCACAGCCCCUCCAAUGCCGACGGUAUCACGCCACGUAGCGAGGGCGCCAGUGCCCGUGCCGCAGGCGGCGGCGGAAGUAGCCACCACGCCACCGUCUCCCGCGACGACGACUUCGAGGACCACAUGCUGGGCAGCGCCUACAAGUGCACCGACAUCUGCAAGGCAUGCGGCUUUCCUCGUGGCAGCAGUGUUUGCUGCCCCGUCACGCACCUUCACCACGGCACCGACGAGGCCACGACGUCCGCCAAGCGCCACCACGGCCGCACCUUCUCCGGUGGCAGGAACCUUAUGGCGCGGAUACGCGACAAACUCCCCCUCACCCCGGGCCGUCGCUCCAACCGGCACGGCAGCAACGACGGCGGCGGCGAGGAGCGCCACACACCGCAGACGGAGGAGGGGCAGGCAAUGUCGGUCACCGCCUACCCCGGUCCCGACGCAGCGGAGGAGGUGCCCCUCUCGCUUGAGCACACGAUGAGUCCGCUGAACCCGCAGCUGGACGGCGCGGGCGGCGACGCGAACCUGGACGCCUACGUCUCGGGUGACUCCCCAGUCGAGGCGGUGCCGGAGGAGGAGACGCAGUACUACUGCUACACAGAUGAGAACGGGGACACCUUUUACUACACGCAGGAGCUGCGGGAGUCGAUGCACGACGCCGUGUACGCCCUGCCGCAGCGCGCACGCGUGGAGGGCGACGGCGACGCUGGUGACGAGGCGGCCGAUGCCACCGGUGCUGCUGUUGCGGCGGCUGAUCUACCGCCAGGGACGUGCGUGUAUCAGUACAUCGAUGAAAACGGCGAGACGGUGAACUGCCUGUGCACGCCGCAGGCCGGCGGCGACCCCCCUGCGGCGGACCAACAGGAGGGGGAUGCGCAGGGUGGCGCCACUCCCACCACCUCCGCGGUCGCCCACGCCGGCUCCGACCCCGGGAACUCCUCCGAGACGGACGACCCGAGCGCGAGUAGGAAAAAGAGCACCCACUCCUUCUUUUCGGCGGUCCAGAACGUGUUCAAGCCUCACCGUGGCACACACGCGCACAGCCAAUCGCACGAGGAUCCGUUGAAUAUGGCCGAUGCGAGCACGCCUGUCCGAACACCGUCUGGGGGUGCGACCCUCGAGGGCACCACAACCGACCUCGCGACAGCGAUGCCGGGAUGCGUGGAGGCGCACGAGUACGACGCAGAUGUCGUCGCCUUCAUGGAGCUGCUCGACGACAGCGAGAAGAAGAGGUUCAUAAAGGAGCGGAAGAAUCUUAUCAAGGACCUGUCAGCAAGCGAGAAGAAGGAUCGGGAUGCAAUUAUGAAGAACAGGCAAGACGGAAUGGCUGCUUUUAGGCGUGACAAGCUGGCGGCUGCCUUUUCCAUUCGCAAGGACGAGCGUACCAUUAAGAGUGGCCAGAAGAGAGGAGAGCCGCUUUGA